AUGCGCCUCAACGCCAUUCUUCUCGUCGCCGCGGCGGCCUUGUUCGCUAGCUGCGAUGCUGUCUCAACCGCAAGCCAGACCAAGCUAUCGGCCAUGAACCCGCCUAAUGCGGUACAGUCGAUGGGUGUUGCUCCCUAUAAAAGACUCUUGCGAAGCGAAAGUCAAAAACAAACCGACGCCGACGAUUCUGAAGAAGAAGAAGAAGAAGAAGAGAGGGCACUCGUCAAGGUGGGUCUUUUAGACGACGCGGUGAAGAAAGUCAGUGGAGUAGACGACGCUGCAGCGCAAAAGCUGGCUGCUUUGAAAAUCAAGCAGCAGAACGAGGCCGACGAUAUCACGUUUCUCGCCAAGUUCUGGAUGCAGCAAAGAAAGAUGCCUUCUGAUAUCGAAAAACUCACUCAAAACCCGGUCGUGAAGAAGGCCAACCUAGAGUUUCUUGCGCUGUUUUUGAAACAGAAUCCGAAACAGAUUCGCGCGGAGGCCGCACGAGUCCAGCAACGAAUUGACAACGCCGACCCCAAGGUCAGGUUUCUCGUUAGCAGUUGGAUUUUUCAAAACAAAAAGCCAGAGGAUAUUUCAAUGCUCGCCAGCAAUGCAGUUAGUAAGGAAGCUGCUGACCUGUUCAAUGUGCAGUACGUGAUCCGCUCGCUGAUGUCCACCAAAUGA